AUGUCGUCCUCGCCGGUGCCCGGCGCCGGCGGUGCUGCUAGCGAGCACGACGCCGCCGCCGGCCUCAGAGAGCCGCUGCUUCUCGCGGACGGCGACGACGGCGGGUUUCACGACGGAGCACUGGCCGCGGUGGUCGUGGCCAAUUGUACGCACGGCGGCGGGAGCAGGGCCAACAAGGAGAAGGACGCCGUGAAGACCAAGGACGGGUACUGGGUGGACGUCCACCACCAGCCGGCCGUGGCGGACGUGGAGAGCGGCGGCGGCGACCGGCCGCUUCUCUUCUCUAACAAGAAGGUCAUGGCGGCCCUCCUCUACCCGUACAGGGUACUGAUUCUGGUGCGCCUCGUCGCCGUCAUCCUAUUCAUCGCAUGGCGCAUCAAGCACAACAACUCCGACGUCAUGUGGUUCUGGGUGACCUCCGUCGUCGGCGACGUGUGGUUCGCCCUGUCGUGGCUGCUCUACCAGCUCCCAAAGUUCAGCCCCAUCAAACGGACACCCAACCUGGCCGCGCUCCGGCAGCACUACGACGACCUCCCCGACGGCGGCUCCAUCCUCCCCGGCAUCGACGUCUUCGUCACCACCGCCGACCCCGUGAGCGAGCCGGUGCUGUACACCAUGAACUGCGUGCUCUCCAUCCUGGCCACCGACUACCCCGUGGACCGGCUCACGUGCUACCUGACCGACGACAGCGGUGCGCUGGUCCUGUACGAGGCGCUGGUCGAGGCCGCGAGCUUCGCCGCCCUGUGGGUGCCCUUCUGCCGGAAGCACUCCGUCGAGCCGAGAGCGCCGGAGAGCUACUUCCAGCUGGAGGGGAUGAUCUACAACGGGAGGUCGCCGGGUGAGUUCAUGAACGACUACAGGCAUGUGCAGAGGGAGUACGAGGAGCUGAAGGCGAGGCUGGAGAUGCUCCCUAGCACCAUCAAGGAGAGGUCAGAUGUGUAUAACAGCAUGAAAGCAAAGGAAGGAGCUGCACAUGCGACUUGGAUGGCUAAUGGCACGCAGUGGCCAGGCACUUGGAUUGAGCCAGCAGGAAACCACAGGAAAGGAGACCAUGCUGGCAUUGUCAAGAUUGUGCAGAACCACCCGAGCUGUGUCUGUGAGCCUCCUCCAGCAGAGGGCGGCAACAACAUCAACCCCCUCAACUUUGACGGGGUCGACACUCGGCUCCCGAUGGUCGUGUACGUGUCCCGCGAGAAGAGCCCGGGCCGCGAGCACAACAAGAAGGCGGGCAACCUGAACGCGCAGCUGCGCGUGUCGGCGCUGCUCUCCAACGCGCCCUUCACCAUCAACUUCGACUGCGACCACUACAUCAACAACUCGCAGGCCCUGCGAGCGGCUAUGUGCUUCAUGCUGGACGCGAGGGAGGGCGACGGCACCGGCUUCGUCCAGUUCCCGCAGCGGUUCGAGAACGUCGACCCCACGGACCGGUACGGCAACCACAACAGGGUCUUCUUCGACGGCGCCAUGUACGCCCUCAACGGCCUCCAGGGGCCGACGUACCUCGGCACCGGCUGCAUGUUCCGCCGCCUCGCGCUCUACGGCGUCGAACCGCCUCGCUCGAGAUCCGACGAGGAGCACGGCGUCACGGUUGACACUAACAAGUUCGGUAACUCCGUGCUCUUCUUGAACUCGGUCUUGGCAGCUCUGAAGCAGGAGCGCCGCAUCGCGCCUCCUGAGCUAGACGAGGCGUCCCUCGCCGAGAUGACCAUGGUCGUGUCGUCGUCGUACGACCAAGGGACGGACUGGGGCAGCAGCGUUGGGUACAUAUACAACAUUGCAACCGAGGACAUCGUGACCGGCUAUCGCAUCCACGGGCAAGGGUGGCGCUCCAUGUACUGCAGCAUGGAGCGCGAGGCCUUCCAAGGCACUGCACCCAUCAACCUCACCGAGCGCCUCUACCAGAUCGUCCGGUGGUCCGGUGGAUCCAUGGAGGUGUUCUUCUCCCCUUACAACCCGUUGCUCUCCGGCCGCCGGCUCCACCUCCUGCAGCGGGCGGCGUACCUGAAUUUCACCAUCUACCCGGUCACGUCCGUCUUCCUCCUGCUCUACGCCUUCUGUCCGGUGAUGUGGCUGAUCCCGGCUGAAAUCAUCAUCCAGAGGCCGUUCACUAGCUACGUGCUGUACAUCGUCAUCGUCGUCGGGCUAAUCCACACCAUCGGCGUCUUCGAGAUAAAGUGGGCAGGGAUCACGUGGAACGACUGGUGGCGCAACGAGCAGUUCUUCAUGAUCGCCUCCAUGAGCGCGUACCCGACGGCGGUGCUGCACAUGGUGGUGAAGCCCAUCACGGGGAAGGGCAUCCACUUCAGGGUCACCUCGAAGCAGACGACGACGACGGCAGCUGACGACGACGACGACGACAGGUACGCCGACAUGUACGAGAUGCGGUGGGUGCCCAUGCUGAUCCCGCCGGCGGUGGUGCUGUUCUCCAAUGUCAUGGCCAUCGGCGUGGCUCUGGGCAAAGCGGUCGUGUACAACGGAGCAUGGUCUGCGGUGCAGAAGAGGCAUGCGGCGCUGGGUAUUCUCUUCAACGUGUGGAUCAUGGCGCUCCUCUAUCCGUUUGGGUUGGCGGUCAUGGGGCGGUGGAGCAAGAAACCUGGCAUCCUCUUCGUCUUGUUGCCGCUGGCAUUUGUGGUCAUUGCAGCUGUGUAUAUAGGUGUUCAUUCUUUUCUUGUCAAAUUUCUUCCAUUUAUGGUGAUAUAG